AAACAAAACCCUGUUAAACUGAGGAAUAAUGGCUUAAAAGGAAGAAAACAUUUCACCACAUAAAAUUUUCAGAUAACAAUGAAGUGGAAGUGGCUAAAUUAGUGUGACUCAGCCUAAUGCAGGGAACAGUUUAAAAGAGUGAUGACAACCCUGAAUCAGCUGGGCAAACAUGUGAACUCUCACGUCAGUAGAGCUGGUGGUACUACUUGUGUGAUUAAGUGCACUGGUAAGGGUUAGAAAUAAAGUAAUGUCUGUGACUGAAAAGGUAGAGUUCUGACUGAUUUACUAAUUAGCUGAUCUGAUUGUGCACAAGGAGGUGAGUAAGCUGAUCUAUGGGAAAAGGGAAGUAACGUUGGACAGAGUGCGGGAAAGGAUUUGAAAAUGUUAAGGCAAGCUUGAUCCACAGUAGAAGCUAGAGUUUUGAGAAAUCACCUCAGAAUGAGGAGUAUGUCUCACUGGGACUCCCCAGAAAACUAAAUGGGGAAUGAUAUAAGCUUCACAGUUGAAAUAACAUCAUAGAGGGCUGCAUCCUCUCAUCUCCAUCAGAAAAGCAUGAGUCCUUCCUGUGGUGCUGAAGGAGUGACUCAUGGAUGGACUGCAACUGCUGUGAACCUCUGCCAAAGUCCGAAAUCAAGACAUUCUCCAGUGCUGAUCUGUCCUGCUUCUCAGCCCAAACGAUGCAUAGGUACCCAGGGUUUAACAAGUAUUAAAAUUAAGCCUGCUCACAGUGGCCACCAUCACAGCAUCAGUGGGAGAAGGUGCACGAGUUCAUUGCACACUGAGUGGAGAAGUGCCUCUCAGUCCUGUACAAAAGGUACUCCUAGGAGCAGUUCAUCUCAGGGAAACAGCACUGGUCUCACCUGACAUGUCUUUCUCUGAUUCAGGAAACCUCACUGCAGAUUUUUUUUAUGUGCUGAACAUUCCCACAUUUUCCUCUGCAUGACCAAUGCCCCUUAUCAGCCAAGAUGAAAAAUGAAAAUGUCAUGCUCUAACUGUUUUUUCAACCAAACUUGGAACUAAAGAGUCUCAGUUUCUUCAGACCUGUGGCCCCAAGCAUUUGCUAUGGCACGUGUUACAGUCAUUCCUGUUCUGCUGAUAUUAAGCUUUUUCCAGCAUAAGGCACUGUUUUCCACUAUUCUGGCAAGUGGACAACAAGACAUAAAGGAUGCACUUGGGCUACAUAAUGUUCUGUGGAUGACCAAGAAUGAUUCAAGAGUUAUUUUGUCCUGGAACAAUAACCUGACAAAAGAAGAAACCAAGAAAUACACUGUGAAGUAUAUUUUGAUUUACAAGUUCUUCAAUACCACUAAGGAAAGGAAAGAAAGACUGCAGGAGAAGGAAAAGAUAAUACAUCUUAAGUUACAUUCUGGUUUUAAUGCUAAAGUUAAGACGCAACUUUUUGCAAAAGAAACAGAAGACAUAAUUAAGGAGAGUGACUGGACAGAAUUUACUUACGAGGCACCUCCAGUCUACAUUCAGAAUCUUUCGUGCAUCAUAUACAACAUUUCUUUUUUCAAUUGCACCUGGCACAUCAAAGCAGAAGCUCCUGAAGAUAUCCAGAUCUUUACCUCAUACAGACAUGCAGGAAAAGUUUUUGCAUGCCACCAGUAUAUAAAAAAUGCAUGGAAGAAAAAUAUCGGAUGCUACAUGAAAAAAAUGCAUUUCCAACCAUCAAGGAAAAUAAAUUUAAAUAUAACUGUAAGAAAUUUGAGAAAUAGUUCAAGAGGACUGUCUUAUUGCAAAGCUUUCACACCUCAGACAAUAGAGAAGCUGAACCCACCAAUCAACGUCUCAGUUUCCCUUGAAAACAGAAAUAUUAAAAUUCACUGGAAACCUCCACCUACUAUUGGUUCGGCAAGGAAAAAGUGUUUUUUGUAUCAAGUGAAAAUAGCAGAUCAUAAGAUUGUAAAUGUCACUGCAGAGAACUAUAAGUAUCCGUUUCAUAAGCCAGCAAAAAAAUGUGCAGUACAAGUGAGGGUAAAGAAAGAGAUUUGCAUAGCAAACAAGAUCUGGAGUGAAUGGAGCAAACCAGUAUUUAUUCAUGAUGAAAAGACAGUAGAUAUCCUGCUGCUAAGCCUCGCAUUGUUUUGUCCUCUGAUUUUUCUUGGAGGUCUGCUGAUAUAUGCAUGUAGAAGGUAUAGAUGCCUGGAAGUUAUAACCACGCCUGUUCCACAUCCUUCAGAUAAUAUCAAAACAUGGUUAGCAGAUGAGACUCACCACGAGCAACAUAUGUCAAUGCAAAUGGAGAUGCAUUCAGAGUUUACUCUGGGAAGGCCAGAAGAGAACAGAGAUGAGAACAUUCAACUGCAGAAAUGUUUGAAGGAAUUCGUGUUAGAAGAUCUACAGAGAUGAUACGACUUUUUUAUCUGCAUGCAAGUGUACCUGUCCAUGAGGUGGACAAUAUUCUAACAGAUCAGAGAACAGCUGAUAUGGGAGUUUGUCUGAGCCCAAUAACUUGAAGUAUUUUGUGCUCUGACAACAUGAAACUCUUAAAAUUAGCUUUGGAUCACAAACACAAUGCAGUAUCUUGCAGUUUGUCUCCAAAAAACCUGAUCUUCAGCCCACCAAAAUUACAGCAUCUCAGAAAAUAUGAAUUAACAUUGAGGUCCACUUGGGUUAAAAUGAAAUUAGUGUUUCAUAAUGCUACAAUAGCUUCCAAGUACUGUCUGAUAGAUCAAGACAAGCCAAGAAGAUUGGCUGUUCAUACAAAUCUCAUACUAGCUAUUCAACAUCUGAUUGGACAGCUCAUGAGAAAUGGUGGAAGCAGUGAACGUUUCUGGAAACAGCAAGAGAAUCUCACAAGUGUUCUCUAAAACUCAGAAAAAGAUCCCUGAGUCACUGCAUUGUGUAAGCACAUAUCAAGCAGAAAGAAGAGAUAUGUGUGAACACAUAACAUCUUUUAAUGUUGAGGACUUUGCAGUUGGUAGAAUAAGUAAAAUGAGAAAACUUUAAAUGAGGUAAAGAAAGCAAAGUUUUCUGCUCUAUUGUGAUUGUUUAAAUAAGUUUAACUCAGAGCAGUUAAAGUUCAGAACUGACCAAUUUUUGUUAUUUAUUUUUCCCUGUCCUUUUAAAGAAUCUUUCCUACUGAUUCCAUGAGGUGAUGAGCUAUGCUAGUCCAUUUUCAGGGGCACAAUCAGGGCAGAUUUUUCUAACUCUUAGUUGGGACAGCAUUUAUUUGACUAGAAGAGAAGGAAUUGAUUUUGCAAGGAAGACAUUUCUUUUAUGUAGGUGGAAAUUACAAAUCAAUGAUGGACAUAAUUUUCUGGAAGGUUUGGAAGAUACCUAAAAAUAACUUGAUUUCAUUGCUGGUAAUAGUUUUCUAUGUCAGAAUAAUACUGAUUGGAAGAAAUAAUGAUAUAAAAAUUUUGUUUGUGCUUUUGAAAAAUAAAGUUUCUCAGAUAUACUUCAGUGCAGAGUCUUAAUUCACCUGAAUGUGCUUUUU